AUGACAUCGACAGCUAUUCAGAUCUCGAGUGGCCACGAUUCUCUCCUGGCAGAGAAAGCCACCGUCCCUCUGUUCGAGAAGCCACAUCACGUUCAGACAACGCUCAACUUCUUCAAAGAAAACGAAGAUGGAUCUCCUCCCCUUCCGAACUACGUUAACAAGCCCCAAACAUACGAUAGAGAAGCUGUAGUGCUUACUGCAACCAUUCGCGAUGUCAGCGGCAAUGAACUGAACUACUCCCUCGAUGGCCAGGGAUUUCAAUUCUACUACCACGAAAGCAAAGAGAAAGAUUUCUUGGAUGACGAGCAGAUCAAGCGAGAAUACUACCCGGAAACAGAGCAGCUGCUCAAAGAUGCCACCGGAGCUUCCCGAGUAUUUAUCUUCGAUCACACAAUCCGCCGGGGAGCAGGCGGUGCUCAACUCCGUGGACCCGUCCAACGUGUACACAUUGACCAGUCCUACGAGGCCGCCAAGAACCGUGUUUCCUAUCACCUACCGGAUGAUGCUCACGAGCUUUACAAAGGACGAUACCAGAUCAUCAAUGUCUGGCGUCCUAUUCGAACUAUACUCAAAGACCCACUCGCUGUUGCAGAUGCUCACAGCGUGCCGGACAGCGAUCUCGUCCCCAUCAAGCUCAUUUACCCCGAUCGCGAAGGGGAGACCUAUGCCGUCAAGCCUGAUCCGGGGAUCAAGUGGUAUUAUCGAUAUGGACAAACGCCAGACUUGGUGACAUUGAUCAAGUGUUUUGAUUCAAAGACGGAUGGUAGGGCGAGACGUGUUCCUCAUUCUGCGUUUGUGAAUCCCGAUACUGAGCAUGAGGCUGGAAGGGAGAGUAUUGAGGUGCGGGCUUUGGUCUUUCACCCAGAGGAUCGUGACUGA